AUGGAUUCCCCAGCGAAGAGACGGAAAAUUAGCGAGACUACGGGAAUUUCUGUGGCCUCAGAGCUUCCUCAAAACGAACUUCAUCGGUCGAGACGGCCCUCCUUCCAAUCUCCAACGAGGGCUAGCCUCGCAAGAUCACAUCCCGAUCUAUUAGAGCGCGCAAUCAGCAGAUCUCCUGCCCGACGACUAGCAAGCAAAGACAGCGGGCAACAAGAUCCUCGAACAUUUGGAUUACGCGAUCGCAAAGCGCUCCGACCCUCGCUCAAUGCCUCCGCAAGCCCCCUCACUCGACCUCGAGGCUCUGAAGCGCCCGAAAGUUCCCCUAACAGGCGCUCAAGCGGCGUUCAAGCGUUCUCGAAACCCCCGCGCAGGAUUUCAAGGAGGAUACUCCCAGGAGAUCUGGUGUUUGGGUCUCCAAUGCCGCAACCAAAACAUCCCGAGUCGAAUACCCCAGAGCGUCAAUUGGAAUUGGAAUUGGGCAGCGCCACAAGAGAAGCAGAUCUGGAUAUAGAUCCGGACUCUAGUUUUAUGGAUGAAGAUGUCCUCGAACCCGAUCUUCCGCCCACGCCAACACAACUAGGUCUGGAAAAGGCCCCGGAUCGACCUAGAGGGAUGUUGAGUAGCAGCCCUAGUAGGCGACAGGAGAGACGAGCGAAACGACGAACUGCCAAUGCGUUACGUGAGAGCCCACUCAAGGCAGUAAACUUCCAAUCUCCUCCACCGGGGGAUUUGGAGACAACUUUAGACCUGAUUGGAGUUUCAGCGGCUCUUCGCGAGAAACGCAAUUCGCGCGAGAAGAGCGCUGCAGAUCUGCGACGGCUGAGAAACGAAGUUGCAGAACUAGAAUCAUGGGCAAAGAAAAUCGAGUCCAAUCCUGACUUGAAAGGCGACACCAGAGGACUCGAUCAAUUUCUGUCUUCACUCACAUCGGAAGAGGCGAACCGUACAAGUCUCCCAGUGCCCCAAACAGCCCCUAGAUCGAUAUCAUCCCUUCUCGCCACUUUACUCCCGUUCUCCGCCAAUAUCCCUCGCCCGCAAUAUGAAUUAUCAUCGCUACCAACGAAUCCAUUUGCCCUGCAAAAACCCUCUCAGUCACUGCCGUACCUAACAGCCUUCGCACCCUUGACCCUCAAAACCCGUACAACUCGGUCGUCACGUAGGGAGGAAUUGCUAGAGAGACACACACUAAUAUUUUCUCCCCCGUCUCCAUUCCCAGCAAGUUCAUACAACGUGACGGUUGUCUACGAAACAAACCCCGAGACCCAGUCUUUAACUUCCCUGUCAGUGCCUACUGGCAGCGACAGCAAGAAAAGAAAAGCCCCUGAAGCUCUCCGUCGAUGGAUUGAUACCCGCUUAGAAAACCCUCUCUUGAAACUCGACGUGGCAACUCUAUGCUGGGGGAUCAACCGGUACUGGGAAUCUGCAAUCACCCGCGCUCGUUUGUGGGCACACAUUGACCACAAGUAUGGCCCUAGGGCCUUGCAGGGCAGAAAGGAUACUGCCUCGGAAAGCGAACACGGUGUUAUCACGAUUUCUGAACUGCGACGACUAGUCCCACAUUUGGACCGGAGUGCCAUGGUCAUCAAACCUAAAUCUUCUGACUCCAGUCCCCGAGUGCUUUUAUCAAACAAUUUAGUGUUGGAUGAAUGGACCGGAGAGCCUCAGCUGCGGCCUGAGAUCAGCGUGUCGAUCCCUGGGGUAGAUAAGAAAAUCGACCAGGAGACAAAGAAGCUUUUCUAUGCGUUGCUAUGUGAGGACGGCGCUUCGAGUAUGCGAGGUGUGGAGGGUGGUAUCCAUGUUGACGCGGUAGUAAGAGCGACUGAAGGUGCUCUUAGUGCUUUGUUCGGCGGUCUUUGA